GGGCACGUGACACCGGCGGGGGCACGUGACACGGAGCGGGAGCGCGCACGGCCAUGGUGUCGGGCAAGCAGCUGGCAGACUUUGGCUACAAGGCGUUCUCGGGCUCCAUGAUGCUGCUGACGCUCUACGGGGGGUACCUGUGCAGCGUCCGCGUCCACCGCCUGCUCCAGCGGCGCCGGGAGCGCCAGGAGAGCGCGCCUGGCCCCCAGAGCUGAGCCUGCUCCGGCACUGGGAGCUGGGACCGGCCUGGGACUGGCCUCACACCCAGCCCUGAGAGCUGGGACCAGCCUGGGACCAGCCCCACGCCCAGCCCUGGGAGCUGGGACCAGCCUGGGACCGGCCCCACACCCAGCCCUGGGAGCUGGGACCGGCCCCAUGCCCGGAACUGGGACCUCAGCCGGGACUGGGACCGGCCCCAGGAGCUGAGCCAGGACUGGGACUUGUCCUGUGCCCGGCCUGGGACUGAUCCCAUGAACUGAGCCUGGCCUGGGACUGGGACCAGCCCCAUGCCCAGCCCUGGGACCUAAACCAGGACUGGGACUGACUGGGGGGGCAGCAGGAACCACCCUGUUACCCCCUCCCCAGGAUGGG